AUGGACCUUGUCCCUUUUAUUCAUUUUGAAAAGCAAGAAGGAUUACUGUGUGCUCAACAUGCGCUGAAUGCAUUGCUUCAAGGCAGCUACUUUACAGCAGUCGAUCUUGCGACGAUUGGACAAAAGCUUGACGAGCGAGAACGGGCAGUGGUGGGGUCUUCAACGGCACUACAACAAGGCUGUAACUAUGACGACUCGGGUUACUUCUCUAUUCAGGUUAUUCAAGAAGCACUUUCAGUAUGGGAUUUAGAGCUGAUACCAUGGAGAUCAGAAGAAGCUGCAGACGCACGAGAUCAUCCAGAGAAUGAAGUGGCGUAUGUAUGUCAUUUAGAUCAACAUUGGUUUACUUUGCGCAAGUUUUCGGUUCCAUGGCGAUGGUAUAACCUUAAUUCCACUCAAAGCACGCCAAUACUUGUCAGCGAAACUUACCUUGGUAUGCUCCUCUCGCAGAUUCAGAAUGAAAACUAUUCGGUUUUCGUUGUACGUGGAACACUGCCAACAUGCGAAGCGGAUCAAAUUGCACCCACGCUGCCGAACCCAUCCACAGCACCAAACGAGUCUCCAACAGCAUUCUCAGGGCAAGGAUAUUCACUUGUCGACAACGACACUGAAAAUGGCAUUAUCGACAAUGAAGAUGAUGAGGAAAUCCAAUUGGCUAAAGCCAUCGAAGCCAGCCUACAACCCCAGGAAAAGAGUGUGGAUAUGGAUGAAAUGCGAAGGAAACGACUUGCACGUUUUGGUUGA